AAUCUCAUUCUUCCACUUUCACCUAUAUAUACGCCCACAAACCUCACUCCGCUACCUUCUCCCCUUACCUCGCCCAUUCCGCCCCCGACAAACCCCAAAAUCCACUCUCCAGUUCCAGAACAACAUCGUAUCUUUCACAGACCAUAACAUCAUCGUAUCUCUCACAGGCCACACAGUAGCAAGGUACCAGAGCACUUCUCUUUCUUUCUCAACUCGACAGUUGCUGCUCUUUUGGAGGGGAAAUACUAAGAUUUGUGGAAGAUUAUAAAAAAACACCAAAGAUGCAAGCAAAUCAGCGAAACAUUGCUGAUGGCUUAUCAAACAUCCCUAUGAAGCGGAAACGUGGACGCCCACGGAAAUAUCCAAGAAUUGAUCCUCAAGUGAACACUGCUCCUUUGCCCAGGUAUCAGAACCUAAACUUGGGUGAGAAUGCUGCUGUUCCCCCUCCUGGAGUAAGGAUCAAUGGACGCCAGGCCCAACAAGCAGCACCUACUAAUGGCACAAGUACAACUGAUAACAUGGUUGGAAUGGCUGUUUCUGGUGUUGUUGAAGCAUCAUUUGAUGCCGGCUACCUUCUCAGAGUUAGGGUUGGCAAUACUGGUACCACUUUGAGGGGUAUUGUCUUCAAGCCUGGACAUUACGCUCCUGUUGUACCAGAAAUUGAUGUGGCACCAGAUGUUCAAAUGAUCCGACGGCAUGAAGUUCCCCUCCCAGUUGACAACCAAUCUUCUGUUCAUGACCAUAAACCUCAUUCUAGAGAUGCUUCCCGCCCUGUAAAUCGUGUGGGCUCAGAAGGCCGACAGGUGGCUCCGGUGGCUGCACAAAAUGUUAAUCAAGUACCAUCCAGAGGCAACUUGAUGCCUGUUGUGCUUGAAUCUUGCAAGUUAUCAAAUGGGGUGGCACUCACCAGCGAAUCGACUCCUGUUGCACCCCAGGCUGCAACCGUAGCAACCUCUGUAGAGAAACAGGUUGUAUCAGCUACUCCAUCAAUUGAAUGUUCAAUUCCCAAUGCCCAGGUGUCGGCAGUUCAAAAUGAAGUGCUUGGAUUCCAACCUCACACUAGCGAUCUGGAAAUGCAUGAUGCUAAACCGAAUGAGAAUGGUCCCAUUGAUUCCAUUGAUCCACCCUUUGUGGAGGAGGUGCCUAAGACAGAACCCAAACAAGUGAGCUUGCCUGAGAAAGUGCCCCCAGAAUCAGCUGAGAGUCAUGUGGAGGCUAGUAACUUAGCUACUGAACCCUUAGUUGUCAAGCCCCAACAAUCUGUAGAGCCUAAAGACCAUAUCGAACCAGCUUCCAUACCAAUGGAGGAUGGCAGAAAUGACAAAAUGUCCGAGCUAUUGCAGGUUCUGCAGGAAAGCAUGAAAGAGAGGGUGAAAGACCAAACCGAGAAACUGUUUGGUGAUGGACAAAAUGAUCAUUCAAGCACACCUUCACAGGCAUCUUGAACGAAUGUUGUGGUCUUGUGGAUAUCUUCCUCCUUGUUGGACACCACGUCUCUACCAUCAUCAGCCAGUUGUGUAUUAGUAAUUCUUUUAGUCGUUUCUAAUUUUAAUUUUAGUUUUAUAUUUUAAAUGUUGAUGGAGGCUGGGAGACUUUCUAUUAGUGUUCUCUUAUGCAAGACUGAAAAGAUUUUUAUUUGCCCUCUUGUAGUUUUAUUUGAUCACUAAAUGUAAUUUGUUUUUCAUGAUUUGUAACUGAUACAGCCCCCAUGUAUCAUGCUUGAUUUGUUUGUUUGUUUGUUCUUAACUACUUUCUGGUGUCCAAAUUUUUGAAGGA